CUGAUUCAGUCACAUGACCAGACUUGUGCAUGGCUACAGUGAAGACAUAACAAGCAAAACGUAAGGAGAGUCGUAUUAGGUGUUGACCGCAACUUCGUGAAAUUGGCUAUACACCCUCAAGCAAGAACAUCACUACCAAUGAACGAUCAGCCCCCUCUCCGGAUGAGAAGAGCCUGUGGUGGUCACCUCUUGGUGCUGUAGUGCGGGGCUCUUCCCUCUGUUGCUCCGCGUGAGGAGAGGGAGAGGGGAGCAUGUUCCCGUUCGGCCGUGAGGAGGAGAACUCUUUGGAGGAGCUCUUCAGCUUCUUCAAGCGCUGCCUCAAGCAUGGCGAGUGGGAGCUGGCCGCCGCCUGCGUUCCUCAGCUGGGACAGACCCCUGGCGGGGUGGCCCAGGAGCUGCGGGACAUCAUCUGGGCCAUCGUUAAACAGCCCUACCCACUGGCGUGGGGAAAGAUGGGGAGCCCUCAUAAACUGGCCUGGUUCUGGAUGCUGGUCCUGGAGGAUUGGACUAAAGAGAAGGUCCCAGAGGCAGUCAGGACUGAGCUGGAGUUCAUGCUGGUCCUGGAAGAGCUGGGGCAGGAUGUCCCAGAGAAGGUGCUCAAGGAGUUCCAGCAGGCCUUUUGGGACUCUCGGUCGGACAGGAAGAUGUCGGUCCCCAGUGCUGAGGUCCAGGCAUGGGUGCAAGACCUGCUGAGGCAGGGGAAGCCUCGGCUGGCUGAGGCCCUGGUCUCCUUCCUGCGACGGGGCUCCAGUGAGGGCAGUGGCUGCCCAUGGGACUACUCCUUACAGGACAUCUUUAUCCAGCACCUUCUGGAAAAGCUGCAGGAGCCCCCGUCAGAGGUCUGGGCUGAGGAGGUGGCCUCGGUCCUGGCCUUGAUGCCCUGGAGUGCCGAAAGGCCCAAGGCUGAGCUGGAGGGCCUCUGGGAGGCGCUGUGGAAAGCCAAAGAGGGUCCCCUGAACGAGGGCCGGGUGCUGAGCUCACUACUGAGGCCCAAGGACUACACACUGGUGACACACUACAGUUCCGCCAGUCUGAGGUUACUCAGGGAGCAGAUACUGAGGGAGGCCCCACACACUGAGGAGGAAUUACCCGAAGCUGAGAAGUUAAUGCUGGGGUUAUGCUGUCAUGGCGAUCGGCCCACAGCGUGGAAAGCCAUCUAUUUUGAAUGUCUUAGCAGUGGCAAGCACUUCCUUGAGCAAGUGCUGGUGACAGGCCUGGAUCUGGUGAAGAGGCAGGAGGUUGGGCGUCUGGAGGAGAUGCUGCAGGGCGAGUUCCAGCCUCUGGCGCGGCUGAUGCUGCUGCUGGGCUGGCCUCAGUGCCCGAACCCGGCCUCCGCCCGCAUCCUGCUGCAGGUCCUCCACCACCAGCAGCCCUCGGCCAGCGACACAGUCCUGAGCCAGUUUGCCGACAGCCUGGCCUCUCAGCUCGGGGUGCUGGAGUGGUGUGCCAAAAACAACCCCAGUGUAAGUGAGGAGGCCCUCCAGUCCCAGUUGCUGACUCUGGGUCAGCACUCGGCUCUGUACGUGCUGCACUCCCUCACCCCGCUGGCCCAGUAUGAGGAGCGCCAGGUGCUGGACCUGCUGCAUGGCCUCACCCCCUCCGGCCACACAGCAGAGUUCUCGGAUCCGGGGGAUGCACGCAGCCUCGCUGCCCAGCGGAACAUCACUCUGUUCCAGGGCUUCUGUGCCAUGAAGUACGCGCUGUAUGCCAUCUGUGUGAAUGCUCACACACACACUGACUGCAAGGAGUGUGGGCUAACAUCACAACAGCACAACAGCCCUGGGUCUCCGGAGAAGAGUGAGGAGUCCAGCUACUCAGAAGAUGCCAAGAAGCUCUUUCAGCAUUACCUGUCAGAGUGCCAGCUGUACCUGGAGGCGGUUCCUGCCCUGUUCCGUCUGGAGCUCCUGGAGAACAUCUUCUCGCUGCUCUUCCUCUCAAGCACUGACCUGACCUUGGUUACGGAACAGAAACCAUCUAGCCCGACUCUCAGAGACGCAGAACCCGGGAACGCGCAGAACAAAGGGACAAUCGAAAGUGUGGAGAACCAAGAGCGGACCUGUGGUGAUGUCCCAGCCUGCCAGCAGGAGAGACCAGAGGGGGUCCAGCGGGGAUGGGGUGUUGGUGAGCCCAGCCGAGCUCACCUGGACCUGGGCCAUCUGACACAAGGCUGCUGGGGCUUCCUGGCAGACGUGAAGGCCAUGGAGGGCUUCCUGCGGCUGCUCAGGGAAGGGCUGGAGGGCCUGAACUUGCCAGGGCCGGGCCAGGACGAGCAGGCCGCCAUUGCCUCUGAGAGCCUGGGGUGCUCUGUCACGGCCGAGACGUUCGAGGCGCGCCUGCAGAGGCUGUCAAAGCGCACGGCCGAGGCCCAGUGGAGGCUGCAGGUGGUCACUAAGAACCAGCACAGUGGAGACGGAGGCUCAGACUCGCUGCAGAUGCCCUCUCCCCUGGCGAGUCCCGCUCCGUCUCUGAGGCGCGGCAGCACCACCUCCACCACCAGCAGCAGCAGCAGCAGGAGGCGGCGGAGGCCAGGGCGCCAUCGCCCCGAGCGACACCUCCCCGCCGACAAACCGAACGGAGACUUCAGCACCAGCACCUCUGAUGGAGGCGGAGGGACCGCAUCAGGCCGUCAAGAGCACGAGGCUUGUCCCUGUGGAGGUCCCCACAGCUGGCUGGUCCCUGCCAUGCUGGCUCCCCCAGAGUCCCUGCUGGUGUCCUGCAUCCGCAGGGGCAACUUUGUGGAAGCUCACCAGGUGAUGCUGAUGUUUGGCCUGGAGUCCUCCAGCUGUGCGGGGGAGCUGGUGUUUAUGGAGCGCUACCGGGAGGUGCUGCAGGAGCUGGCUCAGGUGGAGCAGAAGAUUGAGAGCCAGUCUCUCUCCUCCUCCUCCUCUUCCGAGGGGCUGGGGGCUGUGGCGGCUGUGGUGGCUGGCCAGGGGAGGAGCCGGCUGGGGAGUAGUGGAAGGUCCACCCUGCAGGCCAUCGGGAGCGCUGCUGCUGCUGGUAUGGCCUUCUACUCCAUCUCAGAUGUGGCGGAGCGUCUCACCAGUUCUCCUCAGCGACCCAUCCCAGCUCUGGAGGAGGACUACUGGCUCUCUCAGCUCCCGAGCUCCGUGGGCUCGCCGGACCCUUCCUCGUCCAUCCGCCAGCUGCUGGAGGAGCUGAGCCCGCCGGCCAUGGCUGCUUUUGACCUGGCCGUGUGUCACAGCCAGCUGUGGAAGAGCUCCCGGCAGCUGCUGGAGACAGCCGAGCGCAGGCUCAACACCAGCCUGGAGGCGAGAGAACUGAGGUUAGAACCCAAAGUGCCUCACGCUGAUGGGAUCAGAGGCUUCCCUGCGGUGCUGCAGCAGAUCAGUAAGAUCCUGAACCGCACGGCCACUGGGAAAGGACCUGCUAUAGGAGAGGGCGCUGGGGAAGAGGCCACGUUGGGGAGCCCGUUUGGCUGCAGUGCCCAGGAGGUGAUGCUCUCAUGCCACCCCGUCCUGACGGAGGAGGCCAUCUCUAGCCGCCUGAGCCUGGGCCAACGCCUUGAACACAUUGCCCAGAUCCUCAACACUGCUGCUGAUGCCACAGCUGAAGGUCGGUCCUGCGGUGCUCUGCUGGCGGCGCUGGUGGAGCAGGCCAGCCUGAAGCAGGCGGAGCUAGAUGCCCACCCGGUGCGCUCGGCCAUGAAGCAGCUGCUGCGGGUGCUGGACCAGCUCUGCCCCUUUGAGCCCGACGUAGCCACCAGCAGCCCCGACUACGUGCGCACAUUCCUGGACUACGUCAACACUCUGGCCUCGGUGCUGGUGCGAAGCAUGGGAUCAGAUGCGGACCAGUCUGCAGAGGUGAAGCUGGGGAACCCUCUGCUGGUGCUGCAGCAGUCCCCCUCUCAGCUGCUCUCCUACCUGCUGUUUGAACGACAGGUUUCUGCAGAAAGAUUGUCAUCUCUACUGCAGCAGGAGGGCUUGGGUCUGAGCGUGGAGCAGGUCAUGGACCAGCACUGCUGUGAGCCCCUCCUCCUCUGGGACACCCGCAGGCGGAACGAGAGUGACGAGGGCGGUGCUUUCAGCCCUGCACGAAUCGCCGCACUGCUCCAGGAACACGCCCACAAACACAACCUCAUCCUGGACCUGCCCCCCUCCCUCUGUUCCGAGCUCAGCUCCCAGGAGUCCUCAGAGGGCUCCACCGAGGAGAGCCGCACCUCCUGCGGCACCCUCUCCACCUCUCCUUCGUCCUCUUCCUCUUCUGUUUCGUCCUCCUCCUUGCCCUCUUCGUCCUUCUUGCUCACGCCAUCCGCUCUGGCCUUCCUGAAGUCGCGCUCACCCCUGUUGGCCAUUCUGGCGUGUCUCGGCGCCACGCGCGGCGGUGUGGUGCGCCCUUCCACCAGUUGGCCCGGCCUGCCCUCCUACUUCCGCAGCGGCGGGCGCAAGGAGGCCCCGCUGGACGCCGAGCAGAUCUCCCGUGAGGCCGAGGCCCUGCUGCAGGACUUCCCCAUCCUCAGAGACUACCUGCACACCAUGGCCGAGCCCGUGCUGGGGGCCCCUCCACAGGGCCUGGAGGCCGAGGCAAACGGAGAGGGUCUCGGAGCUGCACUCUGUGGGACACCGCUGGCAGCGCUGGUCCUCUCCGGGCCGCAGAGCGCAGCAGCCCAGGCUUUGGUGGUGGAGGCCUUCCAACAGGCGUUGAGUGGAGGGGAGCUGGAGCGAGCCCUUACCCUGCUGGAGCUGUAUGGGCAGGGAGGCGACCAGCAGGAGGCACUGAGGGACCAGCUGCUGGCCUGUGCUGCACAGGAGGCUGGUCAGCAGGGCUGGGAGCAUUUAUUCCGAGUGCAGGACACAAACCUACAAGCUCGGGUGGCCCUGCAGGUACUGGACCAGUGGCCCUUGGGUGCCUGCCGGGAGCUGCUAGAAUUCUGUCUGAGCAAAUCCAACAUGGACGCCUCACUGGAGGACCAACUGCAGAAAAAGAAACAGGAGAUGGACAUGUACCAUAAUAUGCUGAGCCUACAGUCCCCGUUGCCAUGGGAGAUGUGGCAGGAGUUAAGAGAGGAGUCGCAGAAGGAUCCGGAGGCUGUGAUGGCUCUGCUGUUGGAGACCAGGGAGUUUGAGCUGUGUGCUCAGUGGCUGCAGCUCUAUCCCGUAUCGGAGCAGUCCAGACUACAGCUGCAGACUGAACACCUGCUCCACCUGCUGGAGAAGGGACUGACAGACGAGGCCUGCCAGCUGCUGGAGGGUGUGUCUGACCCAUCUCGGGGCCUGGAGGUCUGUGAGCGUGCUCUGGAUCGCCAGCCCACAUUGGCUGCCUGUCACUUCCUGUCUGACUACCUCACUGUGAACUUUGAGAGCCGUGUUUCUCCAGCCCGCCGCAGGCACAUCCACGCUCUCCACCUAGGAUCCAAGGUGUUGUUGACUCUGCCGGAGGCGUCUCGGCAGAGCUAUUUCCCGCUGCUGUCGUCCCCUCUGCUCAUGCUGGAGCAGCUGCUGAUGAACCUGAAGGUGGAGUGGGCCGACGUGGCUGUGCGCACCCUCCGGAACCUUCUGGUGGACCAGGAGGGCGGCUUCAGCAACGACGACAUAGACAUGCUCCUGUCCGACUACGCCAGGAAAGCUCUGGAGUUCUCCUGCACACCCAGAGAGAGGUUACGCUCAGACUCGGUCAUCAGUCUGCAGGAUGCCUAUCUGCAGUGCCCCGCCCAAGAGAGCUGCCCCGCCUCCCCCAGCGUUACCCCACCCUCCUCCGCAGUCAGCACACCCAUGCACACACCCUCCAGCAGCGGUUGGGAGCGAGGCUCCAGCGGUAGGAGGGCGCAGACCCCCGCCACCCCAUUCACCCCUCCACCCAAGCCCCCGGUUCGCAAGGACUGGAUCCCCGACCACCAGGAGCCCGUCUGCAUGGUCUGCCAACGCGAGAGGUUCACCAUGUUCAACAGGCGUCACCACUGCCGCAGGUGUGGGAGGCUGGUGUGCCAAGCCUGUUCCAGCCACCGGAUGGCAGUAGAGGGCUGCGAAGAGGAGGAGGAAGUGCGAGUGUGCAAUCAGUGUUACAACUUCUUUCACCCUGAUUCAGAUGAUGAACUGGAGCAGGCUGAAGUAGCUAGUAGUCCUGCUGCAGCCCAGGGUGCAUUGGAAGGGGCUGUGCGACUCCCUGAAGUCCCUGAGAGGCGUUUCAGGCUCAGCAUCAACCCAGCGGACAACCAGAAGAUACUGAGCGAGUUCUACUAUGAGCAGGCUCCGAGCGCGUCCCUUUGUGUAUCCAUCCUCUCGCUGCACAGCGACCCAGCCUCCUGCGGGCACCAGCUGAUCGACCACUGCCGAUCGCUCUCACGCACGCUCACCAACCCCGAGGUGGACGCCCGGCUUAUCACCGACGUCAUGCGCCAGCUGCUCUUCAGUGCCAAGGUCAUGUUCGUCAAGACGGGCCAAAGUCAGGAUCUGGCCUUAUGCGACAGCUACAUCAGUAAAGUGGACGUGCUGACGAUUUUGGUGACGGCCAACUACAAGUACAUCCCGUCUCUGGACGACAUCCUGGAGGCUGCUUCUGUGUCCCGGCUCAGAAACCAGCUGCUGGAGGCUGAGUACUACCAGCUAGCCGUGGAGGUCUCCACCAAGAGUGGCCUGGACCCGUCGGGCGUGUGGCACGCGUGGGGCAUGGCGUGCCUGAAGGCUGGCUUCCUGAGUCGGGCGCGGGAGAAGUUCGCCCGCUACCUGAAGCCCCCGGUGGACCGCGGCCAGCACACCCACGGCCCACGGCUGCUCCAGGAGAUCCUGCAGCACCUGGAGGCCAACAUCCGCCCGACGGCCAUCCCCAUGCUUCAGCGCCCAGAGGAGGACAUCCUGGCCUCCCUUUGGGAGCUGGAGGAGGCCCUGGCUGAGCCCCACCCCCUGGAGCGCCCAGAGGGCCAUGUGCAGAACUGCCGUAACUACCAGGAGAGUCUGCACUACCUGCAGGCCUACGGCACACACCUGGCCCUGGUCAGCUUCUACAUGCGCCACGACGGCAUGAAGGAGGCCCUCUCACACCUGCUCAGUAAGGAGUGUCCUGAGGAGGUGUUCCUGGAGGCGGUGCUGAUGCCCAGUCUGGAGCGGGGCCGGCUGGGGGUGCUGCAGGCCCAGCUGGAGAGUCUGGACCCCACGCUGGAGGGCUGGAGCCGCUACCUCAUCGCCUCCUGCCAGCUGCUGCAGCGCCGUGGCCACUUCCACACCAUCUACCAGCUGCAGCAGUUCAUGACGGACCAUGUGCGUGCUGCCAUGACCUGCAUCCGCUUCUUCACCCACGGCGCUCAGUCGUACCUGCAGCUGGGCGAGCAGCAGCGUUGGCUGGUCCGCGCCAAGGAGCACCUGAAGACCUACCUGCAGGAGCAGCAGGGCCGAGGCGCCGGCCGCAAGAAGUCCCUCUCCAGCAGCUUCCGCAAGAAGAUGUCCGCCAGCGACGUGUCAAGGCACAUGAACACCAUAGAGCUUCAGCUGGAGGUCACUCGCUUUCUGCACCGUUGUGCAACCUCCUCCCCCUCCAAACCCACUGGGACUCCCACCCCCACCUCCACAGGCAAAACCAGCGCUCCGCCAACUCUGUUUGGGGGAGGGCCCAUGAAGAUAGAUGUGGCCUGUAAGGUGAUGCUUGGUGGAAAGAACAUUGAGGAGGGAUUUGGCAUUGCAUACAGAGUCAUCCAGGACUUCCAGCUGGAGGCAUUGUCCGUGUACGAGCGUGCCGGCCAGCGGCUGGUGCGCCAGCGGCAGUACAGUGCCGUGCGCCAGCUGCUGAAGUGUGUGGGUGAGUCGGGCACGGCCACCAAGAACGACUGUGACGCCAUCGUGCUCCGCUGCAUCUCCGUGGCUGACAAGGCCCCUGCUGAUGCCAAAGAACUCGAGGGUCUCAUUCUUGAGUGUAAAAGCCCGGAAAACAAGAUCAAGGCCUACCUGCAGUGCAGUAAACUGCGUGCUGCCUAUUUGCUGGCGGUGAAGCUGGAGCCGGCCCGGUCGGGGCCCCUGGUGCAGGAGGUGCUCCAGGCGGCUGAGAGCUCGGGGGACUCCGUCAUGGAGAACAUCUGCCGCCAGUGGCUGGCUGAGCACCAGGACCGUCCGGCCAGGCAGCGGCAGGGCCGACCCAGCGCCAGGUAGCCAGCACCCAACUGCCUCGUCCCAGCCGAGCCCCCACCAGGCCCAUGCCGCACCGCCAGUGGACCGGUUGUCUGUGGGACUGUGUGCUGGUUGACACCCUCACAUGAGGAACUCUGUUCACCGCAGUGCCAUGUUCUCCUUCUGGUCUCGGCCCUAAGUGUGCCAGUUUGCUUGGAGGGGGUACAUCAAGUACAUAUCGCUCUAUUCUGUCCUUCUUUUUUUAGUUCACUUCUACCUACUACCUCGCCAGAAAGGGAUGCUUCCAACACCCUGUGUUUUUUAGAGGAAAAAAUGUACUGCAUUGUAAGAGGUCACAAUUUGUUUGCCGAUGUUACAGUCGGCGAAAAUCUGUUAGGUGACACAGACCUCAAUCCCUAACAUACAGUCUUCUUAAAAGGCAGGAGAUUUGUGCUAAGUUUUGUUCUGUCAGCUGGUGUGGCACUGUGUUGGAGUCUGCCUGCAGCGUUUAGUUGGCUUCACUCAUCUGUGUGGUCAGUGUUUUCUGGCCUAUCAAAGGGAAGCUGAAAGCCUUGUUUGUCACUUACGGGCAUUAGCCACAGAGAGCAGAGAGGACAUCUGAGGGGAAAUUGGAUUUGAAAAGGGACCUCGGCAGACUGAGAACAGAAAGGACUUAUGAAUAGAUGAAGUAUUACACAACAACAAAUAACCUAUUAUUAAGAAAUGUAUAUGAACGUGUACUCAUGACCUGUUAAUGUACAGUAUUAGUUUAAACACAUCUUUCCAGUAAGGUUGACUGUUUCAGUAUUCCCGUCUCCUACUCUUGUGCACUGUUUUCUCAUCUAUUUUCGCGUGUGUUUGUGCGUCUGUAUGGACUCGAAGGAGCACAUAUUUUGUGUCUGACAUCUUGCUGUGCUUAAAAGCUUGAGGUUAACCCUGUUUGUGAAUGUCUCUUACCCCAGACCAUGUGAAAACAAUGGCGUCAAUGUGUAGCCAGUGCUUAGCAUCUGUUUUACUCACCUGUUGGCCUUUAUCAAAACCAUGGGAAGAUAGCUCUGGAAAAGGGACUUGUUUUUGCAAUGUUAACAAAGUUAAAGAUGUCUGCUCAAUGUCUCGUUUACAUUAUCUCUGACAUGUGUCUGGCUCCUCAGAUAUAGCACAUAGUAUAGCAUAGUCACAAUCUUAGCCAUAUGCGUAUUUGCCUUUGAAUUUUGUAUUUGUAGUUGCCAUGCAACUGAGCCCCAAUACUAUAGCUUAUUUGGAAGGAUCCUUCACAACAUAUAUGUAUGUAUGUAUGUAUGUAUGCCACUGAAUCACUACACUGCCUUUAAUAACAGAACCCAUACCAAUAAGGUUCCUUCCUCUACCACUCUGUUCUGUAGCGUAGAUCCACUAUUCCUCACGUACAUCAGAUUUAAUAGUGACGCUUUUUCAUUUCGGUCCGAAGAAGAGAUGAUUAAGGCAGAAGCCUUAGCAUAGUGAGCUAGUCUCCUUACAUCUGAUGGAGCAGGAUGAAACAGAAAAACCUAUUUUGUGUUUAAAUGUAUGUUUUGGCAUAAUGGGUUAAUUUCAGGAAGUCAGUGCCGUAGAUUAGUUUCAGUAACACCUCUUCGAUUGAAAUUGUCAUUAAAUGGUAAACAAAAAUAGCCGUCAAGUCCAAAUAUCAAUUAGUGUUUGCUCUCAAGCCAGUUGGUAGUGUGCUCAUGGUCUGUAAACAGGUUCUGCUCAUAGCAAUGCCAAUAAUGUCAGUCUAACUGAAUGGAAAAAAGCCAAGAAAGUAAAUAAAUUGUUCGGUUAGAAAAAUCA